AGACGGACUGAGUGCGCGUGCGUCAGCUGGUCCUCACAGAAAAGAGCAAGAAAAACAAAAGAAAAUGAGUUUGACUGUCUCUGUUUGCGGCGUGUCUCUGCUGUUACUGCUUCAUUUCGUAGGAGCCAAACCCGUUUCUGACCUUCAGAGUUUCAAGCAGCUUUUAGAAGAGGAGAUCAACGCCUCACCGUUACUCCCCGCAGACGAGACUGAGGUGGAGGGGAAAGACCUGCACACGGGCAAGUCGGUGUUCGGAGCGCCAGAGGAACAGCCAUGGGACUCCUCUGACCCCAGUAACUCCGCACUGGUGGCUAAACAGAACCUCCUUUCCCGCAUCUUCAAAGAUCUCGUGAGGACCUCCAAGCGCUCGUGGAGCCGGUAUAAGAAGGGUGGGAUGAGGAGCUGUUUCGGGGUCCGAUUAGAGAGGAUCGGUUCCUUCAGUGGGCUGGGAUGCUAAAGCAGGCGGGGACCUUCAGCGCAUCAGUGUGAAACGCAACCAAGAGCCGAGCUCCCCUCACGCCACAAGGUUUUGACUGACACUUUAAAGGGCGGUUGAUUCAGACUCUGCUGUACAUGGUUCAUAUUCAAAACUGUGUUUUCCUUUUUCAAAUGUGAGCUGUUAAAUUAUUAUAAAUGUAUUUAUUAUUUAUUUUUUGCUGUUGUAUAAGAGUUGCCUUGUAAUAGAAUGUACUGCAGUAAAACAGUUAUUUUGCAUAAUUGCUGAGUGUUGCAUUCAAUUCUUUCCUGACAUAAUUUAAAGCAGCUCCAGACUUUCCCAGGAAAUAUUUUAAUGAGAUGAAAUAAAGGUG